AGCUACGAGCGAGACCAAUUUCCCCAUGCCGCCGUGCCGAUGGGUCAUCGGGCCCGAGUCCAGCCCGGCCCAUACACAGCCCGAUGCCCAGUCCCGCACCACGUCGUCAACCAGAGAGAGAAAGAAUCGCCACGUCGGUACGUACAUCACCCUUUCCCCUCCAAGUCUCCCGCACUUGACCACCCAAACCUAGCAGACCAGCAAUGGCGCCCCCGCCGCCGGCAACCACCACCCUCGCCGCCGCCCUCCUCAUCCUCGUCUCCGUCUCCCUCGCCACGGGACUCGAAUCGUCUCCGUUCGACGCGGCGCUGGCGGCGCUGCAGGGCCGGAUCGGCUACGCGUUCCAAUCCCCAGACCUGCUCCGCCGCGCGAUGACGCACGCCUCCUACUCGCGCGAGAACGGCCGGGCUUUGGCGGUGCUCGGCCUGGCCGCGGCGGAGUCGGCCGCCGCGCUGCGGGCCCUCGCCGCCGACCGCGACGCCCCGGCCUCCGCCGUCUCCCGCGCCGCGCGCGACGCCGCGGGGGAGGCCGCUUGCGCCACGGCGGGGGCCCGCGCGGGCAUCCCGGCCGUCGUGCGCGUCGCCGGGUCCACCAAGGCGUCGGCGCCGCCCGUGGUGUGCGGCGCACUCCGCGCGCUCCUCGGGGCCGUCGCCGUCGACAACGGCACCGCCGACGCCGCCGCGGAGGUCUUCUGGCGCCUCAACGCCGCAACCCCCGCCGACAUGUGACGCGGGUACGAGUAGAUCGUUCAAGACGGUUUGCACUUGCACAUCAGUGUUCACAAGUGCUACAGAGUACUACUACUAUGUUUGAGGAUAAGUGAAGCUGCAAUCAAACUCGUAUGUAAAUUAUGAACUGCCACCUAGAGCUUGGAUGAAAAUCAUGAACUUGGACUUCGAUUUUGUAUGCAAAUUAUGAAAUUCCACUUCGAUU